GCGAGCGAAAAUGCUGGUCGCCGUCGUCUGGGUGCUUAGCUUCAUUAUUUGCUUCCCACCACUGGUCGGAUGGAAAGAUCGAGAGGACGACGAGCUGUGGCUGAACGUGACGCUGACCGAGGACGAGCUGUACAACCUAACGACGAGCGCCCCGGUGAUACCCGUCAAGCCCUGCCGCUGGAUUUGCGAGCUCACCAACGACGCGGGCUACGUUGUCUACAG